AGCUAAGUCAUUCAAUUACUUCAGCCUCCCUCCCUCCCUCCCUCCUCUCCAAGAGAGAUUUUGAAUACUGAAACAAUUCUCAUGUCUGAUAAUCACUUCACUCCUGCAGACAUGCAAAGCCUCAAACAUCCAUUAUUCCCUUUGUUCAACAUUGAUCCCACCAUGGAAAUCUUGAACCAGUUCCCAGACCUAAUAAAUCCAACUUUCUUAGAGUUCCCCACCAUGAAUUUCCAGACCUCAUCAUCACCUGUGGGAUUAUUUUCCCCAGAUAAUUUUCACAGCCCUGAAUUCCCUGCACCAAAUUCUUCAUCUCAUCAUGCUUUUCAGCUUGCCAAUAAUUCCCUGCAAGAUCAUGAGAAAAAGAAACUGCUUCCCCGACCCGAUCAGCCUAUACUUGAAGCAAUAAUAAGUAGAAACACUGAACUCCAUGAAAGCAGGAAGUGGAAGAUCAUUGAUCAAACCCCAGAGAGCAGUUUGACACAUUCUUCCCCUCCAGCUUCUGAGAAUGCAACUAAAAGGACACAUUGUGUGGGAAGGCGGAAAAGAAAACGGAGCGGUGAAGAUGAAGAAGAGGAAAAGCCAAGAGAAGUGGUACAUGUAAGAGCCAAAAGAGGCCAGGCCACUGAUAGUCACAGUUUAGCAGAAAGGGUUAGAAGAGGUAAAAUCAAUGAAAGACUGAAGUGCCUGCAAGAAAUUGUCCCUGGAUGCUACAAGGCAAUGGGCAUGGCAGUGAUGUUGGAUGAAAUUAUUAAUUAUGUGCAGUCAUUACAAAACCAGGUUGAGUUUCUUUCUUUGAAGCUUGCUGCGGCAAGUACCUACCAUGACUUCAACUCUGAAACAGACAACAGAGGAACAAUGCAGAGAGCAAAAGGAUAUGAGGGACUGAAAAUGCAGAAGCCAGUGAGGGAAGGGUGUGAAGGGGUAUCAGCUUCCACCCAAUUUUUACCUCUUCACCACAACUAUGGCUGCGGCUACCCUUCUUUGCCACACAGUACCUAAGAAUUCUCUUCUUUCUCCCUUUUUGCCCCUUGUGAUUUUCAAUCAAAUAUGUCUGUAUACAUGUAAACUCAGAAACCCAAUAUACAAAAAAAUGAGAAUUUAACCAAUUAUUAUUAGCAACACAUAUGUAGAGAUCAAAGCUCUUCUGUUGAUAAAAUAUUGAGAUAACUUUUGUGUU